AUGUCCUCGUCGUCGCGCAAGAUCUCCUCCGAGUCGUUCAGCAGCUCGGUGGGUUCGGACUGCGGGCUCGAAAGCCCCGGGGGAGACGCGGGGGACGGCGGUUUGGAGCCGGCGGAGGAGAGCCGAGGCUGCCCCUUUUCCUCCUUCCCGUCCGCCCACAGAGCGGUGCUCUGGAACGGCCGCAGCCCCGCCGAGAGGUCGGCGUGCCCGGCGGGCGACGAGCAGCAGGCGCCCGGUGGAUCCCACAAGAGGGUCACCAGGAGGAGACGGGUGAACCUCGACUCGCUGGGGGAGAGCCUGAGGAGGCUGACCUCACCCACGACACAGACUGUUCAGGAAGCUCUGCAGCGAACUCUACAAUUCUACAGACAACAAGAGAUCAGGUGUCAGGAAGUCGGGAGUGAUGAGAGGCGAAAAGAGAGGAAAGAUGAGAAAUGCCCAUUUCUAGAAAAUUCUGGUUCAGAGGAAGAUGUCCUACAAAUCCUACAGUACAUGGGCACCAUUCUGGGAGUACCAUUCUGUGAGCUGCGAGAGCAUUUUGGAGAGGAGUUCUUUGGCCUCUGCUUCGAAGAAAAUGAACGAGUACUUCGGGCUGUAGGCGGCAACCUCCAGGAUUUCUUCAAUGGUUUUGACGCCAUUUUGGAACACAUUCGCACCUCCACAGGGCGCCGUGCUUCAUCUGAGAGUCCCUCCUUCCAGUGCAAGGAUCCCCAUGAGGAGGAGAAAGGGAGAAGAAAAUUGGACAAAGUUGGAGAUCAAGGAGAAAGACAUGGAAGAGGGAAGGUGUUGCUUCUUCAUUGUUUUAACCCUGCCCCUGUUGUCGGAUUGGUCAUGCCAGGGUUGAUCAGAGCUGUUGCCAGGCGGAUCUUUCAUUCAGAAGUUGAGGUGGAAGAAGUGCCACCGCUAACUCCCCUGAUGCCCAAUGAAGAUGCAGAACACACAGAUUGUGAUUCCACAACCCCCACUCCGACUGCGUCACCCACUGCCUCGCCCUCCUCAUCCCCGUCGCCCCCAUCACCUUUUCCAACCUCUGUUCCCACCGUUUGCCUAUCCUUCCAAAUCCAGGAGACAUGCCCUCCUUCCCUCUGUUCCCUCUCAAAUGCUGGCUCUGUGAGCACUAAACGGCCUCCUCCCUCGCUCUCCACCAACCCCAGUGAUCUGCGCAUUGGCCUGGCCACGUUUUGCCGUGCCUUUCCAUUUCACCUUGUCCUGGGGCCUCGCAUGGAGCUACUGCAGCUUGGGGAAGGACUGAGGAGACAGGCUCGUAUUGAGCCUCACCGGAGCCUCUCAUUCAGGGACUGUUUUGAGAUUGUCUCACCCAAGAUGGAGCCCUCAUUCCAGGGAAUCCUGCUGAGGCUUGCAUCCCCAUUUACCAUCCGCACCAGGCCUGACACCACGCAGACUGGCACCAAGGAGAAGGUGAUGGAGUUGAAGGGUCAGAUGAUCCAUGUGCCCGAGUCCUGCUCUCUGAUGUUUCUGGGCUCUCCACGUGUUGAUAAGCUGGAAGAGCUGAUGGGCAGGGGUCUCCAUCUGUCAGAUAUCCCCAUCCAUGAUGCCACGCGGGACGUUAUCCUGGUGGGGGAGCAGGCCAAGGCCCAGGAUGGCCUGAAGAAAAGAAUGGACAAACUCAAGGCCACAUUAGAGCGGACUCAUCAGGCGCUGGAGGAGGAAAAGAGGAGAACGGUGGAUCUCCUUUAUUCCAUAUUUCCGGGGGAUGUGGCACAGAAACUGUGGCAGGGUCAGCCAGUGCCCGCUCGCAAAUUUGAUGAUGUCACCAUGCUGUUCUCGGACAUCGUGGGUUUUACCGCCGUGUGCGCCCAGUGCACGCCCAUGCAGGUCAUCUCCAUGCUAAAUGAACUUUACACUCGCUUCGACUACCAGUGUGGCAUUUUGGAUGUUUAUAAGAUCGAAACAAUAGGUGAUGCCUACUGCGUGGCCGGAGGGCUUCACAAGAAGGUUGACAGUCACGCAAAACCAAUCGCACACAUGGCUCUGAAGAUGAUGGAGCUUUCUGAGGAAGUGCUGACACCUGAUGGGAAACCAAUCAAGCUAAGAAUAGGCAUCCAUACAGGUUCGGUGCUGGCAGGCGUGGUCGGCGUUAAAAUGCCACGUUAUUGCCUGUUUGGGAACAACGUGACACUGGCCAGCAAGUUUGAAUCAGGAAGCCAUCCGAGGUGUAUCAAUGUUAGUCCCACAACUUAUCAAUUGUUGAAAGACGACCGCUCUUUUUCAUUUGUCCCUCGUUCACGGCUGGAGCUCCCAGAAAACUUUCCCAAAGAGAUCCCAGGGACGUGUUACUUCCUGGAGGCGGGGACAUCCCACAGCCAUGCUUCACUGACCAGCUCUCGCUCUGCUCCUCCGGCCUCUAUGAGGAAAGUCUCCUACAGCAUUGGGACCAUGUUUCUAAGAGAAACAAGUUUGUAGAUUCAAUACGCACUAGGUUACACACAGAUAUUCAUCAUGUAAGCAGCUGGAUUUGAACCCAUGGAACAUGCAGGAAACCAAUUAUACAGGUCUUUGGAUAUGCAAAUGCAUUAUGUAAAAACUUCAGUUCAGACCUGUGGGAUGACC